AUGCCAGAAGACACAUGGAUCAAAGUCGGCCAUAUAUUGACCAAGGUUCUGGGCAUCAAGCUGGCAUAUCGGGACCCUUUUGACAGGGGCACUGCAGAGGCCUAUUCCGAAACGGAACCUACCAGUAUCGAGUGGGUAAAAGACCAUGUCCCAACAGGCUCGCAGGUUAUGCAGUAUUUCAUCGAAAUAUUGCCGUUCCUGAAAUGGAUUGAUCGAUACAAUCUCCAGUGGUUGAUUGGUGAUAUGGUUGCCGGUAUCGCCGCCGGUGCCGUUGUGGUGCCGCAGAGCAUGGCAUAUACCAGCCUGGCCGAGCUGGCCCCGGAGUACGGGCUGUACUCGUCGUUCAUGGGUGUCUUGAUCUAUUGGUUUUUCACGACCUCCAAGGACAUCACUAUCGGUCCCGUGGCCGUCAUGUCAGCCCUGACUGGCACCGUUGUCCUGAAUGUACAAUCGGAACAUCCCGAACUAAAUAAGGUUGAUGUGGCGAAUUCAUUGGCCAUCACUGGCGGUGCCAUUGUCGCUUUCAUUGGUUUCAUCCGCCGGGGGUUCAUCGUCGAUUUUAUUUCCCUGACUUCCAUCUCGGCCUUUAUGACUGGCUCGGCCAUCAAUAUCAUUGCCGGGCAAACAAGGGCCUUGCUGGGCGAGAAGGAAAAAUUCGAUACGAAAGCAGCGCCAUACAUGGUCAACAUCAAUACACUCAGGCACUUGCCGUCAACCCGAAUGAACGCCGCCAUGGGGCUGACUGCGCUGUUUAUGCUCUAUGUGAUCCGUGGCGCAUGCAACUAUGGAGCGAGGAAGAAUCCGCGCAAAGCCAGGUUGUUUUUCUUCCUCUCGACCCUACGAACCGCGUUUGUCAUUCUGUUUUACAUCAUGAUUAGUGCUGCGGUAAAUCUCCACCGUCGCGACAAGCCAGCCUUCAAAUUACUGGGCAAUGUUCCGCGAGGUUUCACGGCUGCUGGUGUUCCUAGCGUCAACACUAAGAUCAUUUCCACCUUCGCAACUGAACUGCCGUCGGUGGUCGUUGUGUUGCUGAUUGAACAUAUUGCGAUCUCCAAAUCGUUCGGUCGGGUAAACAACUACGUGAUCGAACCGUCCCAGGAACUCAUUGCCAUUGGUGUGACCAACUUAUUGGGCCCGUUCCUGGGCGCCUACCCGGGUAUCGGAUCGUUCUCGCGGACAGCCAUCAAAUCUAAGGCGGGCGUCCGAACUCCCCUGGCUGGUGUGGUCACUGCCAUCGUGGUGCUCCUCGCGAUAUAUGUGCUCCCCGCGGUCUCCUUCUACAUCACCAACUCUUCUCUUGCUGCCGUAAUCAUCCAUGCGGUCGGCGACCUGAUUAUACCACCCAACACGGUGUACCGGUUCUGGCUCGCGUCGUCGCUGGAGGUCCUCAUAUUCUUCGCCGGUGUGCUGGUGACAGUCUUCUCCACGAUCGAGAACGGUGUCUACGUUACUAUUAGCGUGUCGGCUGCGCUGCUCCUCUGGCGUAUCGUCAAGGCGCGUGGUGAAUUUCUCGGCAAGGUUAUGAUCUGCUCCGUGAUCGGUGAUCAUCUGUUCGACAACGAUGCAAAGGCUUCGUUAGAGAAGGACCCGGACGAGUCCUUCCGUACCGUGUUCCUGCCUAUCAGUCACCACGAUGGCUCAAACCCGGCGGUUGAUGUGGAACAUCCGUAUUCAGGUGUCUUCAUCUAUCGAUUUUCUGAGGGCUAUGUCUACCCUAAUGCCAGCCAUGAAACCGAUAACUUGGUUUCGAGCAUUUUUAAGGAGACCCGACGGACCAAUCUCAAAUCAUGGGGGAGCCCGGGAGACCGACCCUGGAACAACCCUGGCCCGCGUCGUGGAAAGAAGGAGGAGAAUCGGACCCAUUUGCCAUGCUUGCGCGCCAUUAUUUUGGACUUUUCGUCCGUAAACAAUGUCGACAUCACUUCUCUCCAGAAUCUAGUCGACGUGCGGAACCAGCUGGAUGCCUAUGCCUCUCCCGUCCAUGUGCAGUGGUACUUUGCGAAUAUCUCCAACCGAUGGGCCAAAUGGACACUGACCUCGACCGGAUUUGGAUACCUCACGCUUAAACAGACUAAACGUUUCCAGCCGUGGAAGCCCAUAUUCAGCGUGGCAGAGCUAGGUAGCAGCGGGGACUCGGCAGCGGCUGCAGAGCGUCAGCUCAAGACGAGCCAGCGGAAGGCCGACGAUUUAGAGCAGGACCAGACUGGCCAGAUCACUGAACCCGAUACCGAGGCCCGAUGGGUUGAGCUCGUGUCUGGCAUUAACCGUCCGUAUUUCCAUGUCGACCUCACGAGUGCUUUGCGUGGUGAUAUUGCCAGUAUUGAGGUUGGGCCCCAGGACGACAAGGAGAAAUAA